ACAGCGAUGGCAGAGAAUGCCGAAGACCGCGAACAUGUUCUGCAAUCCUUAAACUUUCAAAGUUUCAGAAGAGUCUUGUUUGCGUUGUUGAAACUUGGCAAUCUUUGUAAUGCUAUAAAAAGUAAAUCGUUCAUAGAUGCAGAUAGUGAUUAUGAAUGCAUCAUGUACGGGGACUUUCCUUUGGCCAUAAACUUUUCCCUUAUUUUCGAACCUGGAAUACUUUUUCUGAAAGAUGUCAUCGGCAGACGGGUGGAGGGGAAAAUGGAUUACGAAAAAAGGGCCCUGCAGAAAUUGGAAGAUUAUGUGAAGGAAAUGGACUAUCAUGCAAAAUGUCUCAGGAAGGUACUUUAUGAGAAGGAACAACAUUCACUGACAGGUAAAGACCUUACUGAAGGAGAAGUAGCAGUGACUUUGACAGAGCAUUUACUGGGAAAACUAGCUCCAGGAGAUUCUUAUGUAGAUGAUGGAAAAGCCAGGGGAAAAGGACAGUGUCUCUGUGGAUGCAAUAAGAGCCCAAAAUACAGAUCUACAGGAAUAGGUCAUGAAGACGUUUGGCAUGGGUUUAUUGAUAUUUUGUUUUCAUCUCAUACUGGGAUACCAGAAAGUAUUGCAACAGUAACAGAGACACUUUCACCAUCUACAUCUCCUUUGGAUUCAGAAACAGAAGAUGAAGAUUCUCCUGAUGAAGAAACAAUUUCAGAAGAUGCAAAAGGAUCUGAAGACCAGGCUAUUGCACAAACAAUUGUAUUUUCAUUGCUCAAGCGACAGAAUUACCCAUCGUGUCAGCACCAUUUAAUACCGAAUAUUGUAAUAACUCCAACUGAAUUUCGAGUUAAUAUGUAUGAUGCCGUGAAUGACAUUCUCCUCAGUAGCUUAUCGCUAAAAUUAUUUGAUCCUAAGUUUGAGAGCUUACAGAUUGAAUCGGUCAUAAUUCUAUGGAUGGUUCUCCACUAUCGUAUUUUUUGUGCUGGAAUCAAAGUUAAUGAACUCAAAGAGGAGUUUAAAAAAAUUGACAUCCAGGCAAAUUUCAGGAAAAUAGCGGAAUCAAAAUGGGGCAUAUAUUCUAAAUCAUUAAAGGAGAAUUUAAGCCAUUUUCCAGAAGAGAAAAAGAAAAAUCCAAUAUCUUAUGAUACAUACUGGCGUGCAAAAGAACUGACGUAUGAAUGAUCAAGUGAUUGAGGUAGACAAAGUGUCAGAAUAUUUUAGGCAUGUUUCAUUUUUAUAUUCAUAUUGAAAUCAUGUUGUAUUAUAUAUGCCAGGGCUGAAAAAACAUUAAUAUGUAAGCUUGAGACUUUAUUUUUAGGUUUUUUGACUAAUUAAGGUCCUAAUGUAUGUCUUCAUAGACGAAUACGAUGACUUUUCCUGGU